CCGUGUUAUUUUCACAGCUCUUCUGUUGAUAAAUUAAACAGUUUAAUAGCAUCUGCAACUUUUAAAUGGCUUUAUUUUGAAAAUCCUCACCACCGCCUGAUUGACAGUAGCCUUGUGUUUUGAAUAAACCCUCGACAGACUAACAUCUUUGUAGAGGAGACGCGCAUAAAGUGUGGUUUCGUUCUUUACGGUCGAAGUUUGCUUUAAAAGUUAGACGUAGAUUUUAUCAAAACUCUUCUUUACUUUCAGUUUAGUCUCAUCAGCUCGCCGUGUUUUGGUUACAGUUUUUGUGAAAAAAAUGUGUUAUUUUAUUCUGAAAAUGGCACAGGUGUGGGGAUGUAUCAUGUGGUGAAAUGUAAGCGAACAUUUUAAACGUUGUUUUUUUGUAGUUUGCUGGCGCGCCCCUUCACAGCCACAAGUGUGUAUAUCUACCAGCGAAUAUUGCGUUACGCUUUCGUUAAGGGCUUUCGGAUGAGUUACUUGUUGAAUCCACAGCCCACCUUCAAGUCUUCAAACUCAACCCCGGAAGCUGCUCCUGUUAAAGCGCUCAACAUGAACGUGCUCCUAGAUGGAAUAUUCAACAGCACCGACAGUUUUGACUAUGGAGACUACACUGACUACAUUUCUGAGGACAACGAUGCUGCUGCAGCCGCUUCUGUGCCAGUGCUGAUCCUAGUUGUUCUCUCCGUGGUGCUGAUCCUGGGUCUGUUUGGGAACACGGUACUCUUGGCAGCUCUGGCACUGAGGAGAAGGUUCUGGCGCGUAUCAGACAUCUUUAUCCUCCACCUGGCUGGAGCAGACCUCCUGCUUCUUCUGACUUUGCCCAUCCGAGUUGCACAGGUCGCUGGGUCUUCCGGGUCCUUUGGAGCCUUCUGCAAGAUCUGUGGGGCAGUUUUCCAUAUCAACUUUUACUGUGGCGUCUUUGGCCUGCUCUGCAUCAGCCUGGAUCAUUACUUGUGCACCAACCAUGCGGCCAAAUGGCGCUCUUUGCGGAGGCCCAGGUUCGCCGCUUUCUGCUGUCUGUUUGUGUGGAUCAGCUCGGUGCUCCUCUCCGUCCCUGACUGUAUGUUUCUGGCUUCUAGCAAGAAUGAAGACCAGAAACUCCGGUGUGAUUACAGCUACAGUCAGACCGCAACUGGUUCUAUGCUGGCGUCUCGAUUGUUCCACCACACAGUGGGCUUUUCACUGCCUGUCGUUUUCCUGAUGUUGCUAUGCUCGUAUUUCCUGUCAUCUCUCCUUAGCAAAGACAAAGACCUCCAGAGGAGGAGGAGGAGGGCUGUCAUAGUCAUCCUGUCUCUGGUGCUGGCAUUCCUUCUUUUUUGGCUGCCGUACAACAUCACUCUCAUUCGGGACACAUAUUUGAGAAAGAUCUCUCAUAGACAUCCUAAAAAACUAUAUCCACAAGAUUCAAUGGCAUCAGCUCUCCUGAUCACCUCGAUGUUUGGUUACAUUCACGCCUGCCUCAGGCCUCCGAUUUAUCUGUUGUGCAAAAAGUUCAGGGAUCAAGUAAAGAAUCUAAGCUUUUCUAAUGCUGAAAUGAGCGGGUCACUGUGGGAGCUGAGUGUGGAAGAGCCAUGUGUCCAGAGAGCAUCAGUAGAGGAGAUGAAGCCAAUGGCAGCCCAGCAGAGUCCGGUUCAGGCGCAUUAAGGGAGUUCCGUGUCGACUCAUCUUAGCUUUCAUUGUCUUGUGAUGGUUUGAAGCAGAUAAGUUACCAGAAAAACAAGACAGCCGGGCCUUCUGCCCAAGUUCAAGUGUCAAGUCUGGUUUCAUGUAGCUAUUUGACUUUUAGCAUCAUAGUUAUGCAUUUUAAUGGUAUCCAUUCAUCAAAAACAGCAAAAAGAAGUCACGCUUCACAUGUUUUUGCAACUGAGCACAGACUUGUAUAGAUGCCGGUUUUGAUUUGUUCUCAACAGACUUCAUUAUAACAUGUUUUAUUCUUCCUUUUAUGAACAGUCCAUGACUUUGUUUAAAACAUUGAGGACAGCGUAAAUUGCACAUUUUAGACGGCUUUUUGACGUUACUGAGGUCAUUUCCCCGCAGAGGAUCGGCUUUGUUUUACUUGACAGCUUGCUUUGGUUUAUGUUUUGCGUCACAGGUGAAUGACACACAGGUAUGUAAUGAUAGGUCAGGCAGACGGCAGAGAAUGUGGUCAAGGAAAAAGUAGACAAACAAGUCUGAUGUUUUCAUGCAGCUGUCUUUGAUUUAGUAUUAUUUGAAAGCCACCAACUAAAACAUAUGACUGCUCUCAGACAAGUAAUCUUUGAAAAGUCACUGUAGUUCGUAUCUCUUUCAACAGAACUUUACAGAAAACCACUGUUGAGUGUUAUGCAGAUAUACAAAUGAGCGAUGACUAAUGUUUCUCCAGAAACUCCAGCUAAACAGGAAGAAAGAAAGGUAGCGCUCGGCUCUCACCACUUCACUUAAAACAUGUUUCAGUGUUCAAUAACUAAAGUGUGAGUCUGACUACAGUCACAGAUACUCCUUCCUGUUGUUGAGGGAGCUUUUCUGUUUGGUGGAAAAAUGAAUCGUCAAGCUAACAAAAUGUGUCAGGAUAUUGUGUCAUUGUUGUACGCGGCAGCAUUACUGCUACUUGACAGCGGACAGCAAAGCUGUCACCAAGGUUGUAAUUUUGUUCAACUGCAUUUUGAAAUGCUAAAGGGAUUGAACAGACUAUUAGCGUGAACCUGACAGCUAGUUCCUCCUUUUAACCAGGAACAAAGUACUUAAUACCUUAAUCAUGUGUGUCAUUCAUCAGAUGUUCCAAAAUAGUUAGAAAAUCACGUUGAAUAAAAUGAAGAAAGAACUCUGAUAUCGUUUAAAGUGUUGUAAAUUGUGAUUUUUUUUUUUUGCACAGCAAUAGUUUUAUUUCCUGUCACCAUGAUGCACAGCUUGAAUCUAUAUGACUGAUAUGUGUUUGACUGUCAUGUUUCCUCACCUCUUUGUGCGACUUAUGCAGCUCAGAGAGCUGUUUGAGCGUAAACAGGAAAUGUUGUUUGGAUGUAAAACAAACAAAAAAUGAAGUUUAAAAAGAAAUAAAAACAGACACAAAACUUCUAAACUCUCA